AUGCUAUCGCCAACCGAAGUGCAGUCAUUUAAAUAUCUGCAAAUUGUGGCUUUCCACUAUUUUGACAGUCAUUUUAAGGAACUAAACAAAUGGAUUAGUUUGCUUGAUAAAUUGGCACUGGAAUAUGCAGAUCGGAUUACAUUUAAAACUCAAGAUAUAACAACUAUUUCUACCUUUCACGAGUCGUUAAGUAUCGAUGAUUUUGGUAGUUUUCGAGCGGAUGUUCCACCCCGGCUCUAUGGCAUCGACAAGGAUAACCAUAUAUACACCAUGCAAAUGUUCUUCAACUACAAAUAUCUGAAGGACUUUUCUGAACUGCUGAUUCAGGGUAAAAUGUUUCAGGCACUUGUAUUGGAGCCCAGCCCAGAGUUAGAUUUGCCACCCCAAAACAUGUAUUAUCUAAAAGAUAAAUACAGUAAGGACUAUUUUAUAAUGUUCUACGAUCCCGCUUGCUAUUAUUGGACACUGCAAUUGGGCAAGCUGCGAAAGCUGUCUAAACUGCUGGCCAAUGAAGAUGUAAUUGUUAUCAUCGUAAAUAAAGCACAUAAUUAUCUGGGCAUUGAUGUCGAGAGAUGGUCGAAACUAAACAGUUUUGAAGGCACCAUCACGUUUGCAACGAAUCGUCCAGAUGGCUGGAGUUCUAAGUAUCAGGGAAGGCUGGAUAGUACACGAAACUAUCUGCACUAUAUUGCCCAGGGCAGGAAUCCGGAACUAAGGGACUAUGAUGGACUGGGAGAACCUAGAGUCCCGGAAAACACACUCUGCGAUAUUCGAUAUUUAUUCAAAAGUUCGACGGAACAGAUUUAAAAAGACUUAAUAUUGUUUUAGUUAGUUUUUAAAUAUACUAAUUUAAUGU